GUUGCCGCUCCGGGUCCCUCCGUGUCUCUCUCGGCUCUCUGGAGCUUUCCUGACCGAUGAGAGGCUUUUAAGACACAAAGAGUCUUCUGUUUCUGGAGAGACUGACGUUUUUCAUGAUCCAACACCAGAUACUUCACACACGGUAGCAGGAAGAGAAGAGAAGUUCUGAAGAACGAGUGAAUUAAAUCAAGUCUCCCUCAGAGUUGAAGGCCAGAAGAUGGAAGAUCUGGAUCUGAAAAAGGACAGAGCAGAACCUCCAGGACCCACCAGUCCAUCUAUGAGGAGUGAUCGGUCCAACGAUCAUCCUCCAGACUUCAGUAAUGAACCUGGACCCUCAGACAGAAAGAGCAGCUUUGGUGAGGAGGAGCCUCCAUCCUGCUGUGGUUUGUCUCAGAAUGUUCUGAUGGAUCCGGUCUUGACCAGCUGCCCCCAGUAUGGGAAACAACCCAGAACAGGAUCUGGACCUCUGACAGCCAAUCAGAGCAGCUGUGCUCCAGAUAUUGUUGCUCAGUAUCAGCCUGAACUUAAAGAGUUUCUGAAGACGAAGUUCCAGAGUCUCUCUGAAGGUGUUGGUGAACAUGGAAAUAAAACCGUUCUGAACCAGAUCUACACAGAGCUCCACAUCACAGAGGGGUUAACUAGAGAGGUCAACCAGGAACAUGAGGUCAGACACAUUGAAACAGCAUCCAGGAAACAAGAAACAAUCAGAAGAGAAAACAUCUUUAAAACCCCACCUGGAAGAGAUCAACCAAUCAGAACAGUGAUGACCAUGGGAGUGGCUGGCAUUGGGAAAACACUGUUAACACAGAAGUUCACUCUGGACUGGGCUGAAGGCAAAACCAACCAGAACAUUGAUUUCAUAUUUCCAUUCACUUUCAGAGAGCUGAAUAUGUUGAAAGAAGAAAAGUUCAGUUUAUUAGAACUGAUUCAUAAAUUCUUCACUAAAACCAAAGAAAUCAGCAGCUUUGAAACGUUUCAGGUUCUGUUCAUCUUUGAUGGUCUGGAUGAAAGUCGACUUGAUCUGGAUUUCAACAACAAUCUGAUCCUGACUGAUGUUACAGAGUCCAGAUCACUAGAUGUUCUGCUGACAAAUCUCAUCAGGAGGAAACUGUUUCCUUCUGAUCUCCUCUGGAUAACCACACGACCUGCAGCAGCCAAUCAGAUCCCUGCAAAGUUUGUUGACAUGGUGACAGAGGUCAGAGGGUUCACUGACCCCCAGAAGGAGGAAUACUUCAGGAAGAGAUUCAGAGAUGAUGAAGAGAAGGCCAACAGGAUCAUCUCCCACAUCCAGAAAUCAAAAACUCUCCACAUCAUGUGUCACAUCCCAGUUUUCUGCUGGAUCACUGCUAAAGUUCUGGAGAAUCUGAUGGAGACCAGAGAGAGAGGAGAUCUGCCCAAGACCCUGACUGAGAUGUACAUAGAGUUCCUGAAGGUUCAACUCAAAAUCAAGGAGGAAAAGUAUGAUAGAGGAAAAAAGACAAAAUCUAUCUGGAGUCCAGAGAACAGGAAGCUGAUUGAGUCUCUAGGAAGACUGGCUUUUGAUCAGCUGCUGGAGGGAAACCUGAUCUUCUAUGACAAAGACCUCAAUCAGUGUGACAUCAACAUCAAAGAUGCUGCAUUGUUCUCAGGAGUUUUCACUGAAAUGUUUAAAACAGAGAGAGGAGUGAACAACAUCUCUGUCUACUCCUUUGUUCAUCUGAGUAUCCAGGAGUUUCUGGCUGCAGUCUACAUGCUCCACUGUUUCACCAGCAGGAAGUCAGAGGUGAUCCAGACGUUCCUGGGAGAAAAAUACAGAGAAACAUCUCUAGAUGAGUUCAUGAAGAAAGUCAUGGAGAAAUCCCUCAGCAGUAAAAAUGGCCACCUGGACCUGUUUGUCCGCUUCCUUCAUGGUCUCACUGUGGAGUCCAACCAGAACCUCUUAGAAGAUCUGCUGGGUCAGAGAGAGAACAGUCCAGAAACCAUCCAGAGAAUCAUCACCAACCUGAAGGAGAUGAACACUGAUAGAAUCUCUCCUGACAGAAACAUCAACAUCUUCUACUGUCUGGUGGAGAUGAACGAUCUCUCAUUUUAUCAGGAGAUCCAACGGCUGCUGGAUUCAGGGAAGAAGCUCUCAGUGACUGACUGUUCAGCUCUGGCCUUCAUGCUGCAGAUGUCAGAGGUUCUGGAUGAGUUGGACCUGGAGAAGUACAACACAUCAGAAUCAGGACGACGGAGACUGGUUCCAGCUGUGAGGAACUGCAGAAAGGCUCGACUUGGUGGCUGUUUGAUCCAAAAGGCUGAAUGUAAAGUUUUGGCCUCAGCGCUGAAGUCCAACCCAGAUCUGACUGAACUGGAAAUAAAUCAGAUCUUCAUAUAUGAAGGUGGAGAAUCUGAUCUGAAGCCUGUGGUUGAGAUCCUGGAGAGUUCAGUCAGUAAAGUGAAGAUUCUGAGAUUGGAGAACUGCAGUUUGUCAGAGACCAGCUGGACUUCUCUGUUCUCAGCUCUGAAGUCCAAACCGACCCAUCUGACAGGACUGGAGCUGACCUGGACCAACCUGGAAGAUUCUGGACUGAAGGAUCUCUGUGGUUUUCUACAGACUGAAGGCUGCAGACUGGAGACAUUGAGAUUGGAUGGCUGCGGUUUGUCAGAGACCAGCUGGACUUCUCUGUUCUCAACUCUGAAGUCCAAACCGACCCAUCUGACAGAACUGGACCUGAGCUGGACCAACCUGGAAGAUUCUGUACUGAAGGAUCUCUGUGGUUUUCUACAGACUGAAGGCUGCAGACUGGAGACAUUGAAAUUGAUGGACUGCAGUUUGUCAGAGACCAGCUGGACUUCUCUGUUCUCAGCUCUGAAGUCCAAACCGACCCAUCUGACAGAACUGGACCUGAGCUACACCAACCUGGAAGGUUCUGGACUGAAGGAUCUCUGUGGUUUUCUACAGACUGAAGGCUGCAGACUGGAGACAUUGAGAUUGAAUCACUGCAGUUUGUCAGAGACCAGCUGGACUUCUCUGUUCUCAGCUCUGAAGUCCAAACCGACCCAUCUGACAGAACUGGACCUGAACGGAACCAACAUGGAAGGUUCUGGACUGAAGGAGCUCUGUGGUUUUCUACAGACUGAAGGCUGCAGACUGGAGAAAUUGAGAUUGUUUGACUGCAGGUUGUCAAAGAUCAGCUGUGAUUAUUUGGCUUCAGCUCUGAAGUCCAACAGCCUCCAUCUGAAAGAACUGGACCUGGGAGAAAACAACCUGAAGGAUUCAGAUGUUCAGCAGCUGAAGGAUCUUGUAGAUGAUCUAAAGUUCUGAUCUCUGUAAAGUAGAGAAUGAUCUCUGUGUCCUGCUGAUCCUCGGAGGUUGAAGCUGCAGCAGUUUGAGUCUAAAGAGACUCUGACUGGAUCAUGAUGAUGACCUCUGACCUCCAAGAUUUUCCUCCUGUUUAUUUUUUCUUGUCUGUCAUUUAGUGUCUGAUAUUGUUUGUCUCUUUGGAUCAAUAAAAAUCCAAUUCAAACUGGGCUCCAUUUAGAGGCUUGAUGGAGUUUUGAUCUGAACUGGAUUCAACUGGAAAGUUGAUCUUUUUUCUCUCUGGUUCAUUUUCAUCCUGGAACCAGAAAUGGUCUGAGAAUGGAAACAUGGGAAUCAUUUCCAGUUCAGCUUUGAAGCCAUGAAAGACACUUCAACCCUCUUUUCUCUGCUGCUUCUUCCUUCUGUUGACAUGAAAAUGUUCCUCAAAGCUCCUCAGAGAAAAAGAUGCUUUACUGGAAACUGGAGAGAAACUUCAGCUUCCAUCACAGAAACCAGUUGAACCAGUUUAGAACUGGAUGUCCCACAGAAACUCUGAUCUUAGAGCAGUUUUCAGGAACAUCCAUCUUUUAUCUGAAAAAAAAAAUAAAUAUAGAUAUAUAUAUUGUGAUGGAAAAAUUACAAUAAGGUCACAUCUGCUAGUCAUGUUAUAUGAAAUGCUUAUGAACUCUCACCAAAAGAACUAUUUGGGUUUCAUGUACAAGGUUGGAAGUUUGUUUUCCACAGCUGCCAUCCCAUAACCUUGCAUAAAACCCAUGUGUAGUUUUUGCUUGGCAGUGCUUUGCAUCCAGACUUGCUUCAUUACUGAUUGUCCUAUGAGCUCUCGCUAUAUUAUGCACAAUAUAUGAAUAAACCUGAUUGAGUGAUUUUACCUGAACAGUGCUUGGAAAUAGUAUAUUUCCAUGAAAAUAUAUAAAUAACUUUUGCAUCAUAGUUAUUGUUGGGAAAUUGAGUUUAUCAGAUAGUUAAUGUUUUCAUAUUAUUAUUCUGUUGUGUUUUUUACUAGGUUCCUGUUCUUUCAUGGUACUUUAUUAACUGUUUCAGGACGUCUACUUUAGACUGUUGUAUCUCCAGGUUUCAACACUUGUCCAACAACCCCUGACCAAAAUCCCACUGAACUCCAGAAAAACACAACAUAUUUCUGACAUGAAUAUCCAAAAACGCCAACCAAGUAAUGAAUGUAACAGCAUGGAUGAGAUCUUGUAACAAAGGAUUGGCCUCAUUGUUCUGAUGGAUGUUAUUUGUUUAAUUAACGGACUGCUUUGUUUUCUUGACAGAUGUAUAAUUUGUCUGAAUAAACCUGCAAAUAAACAUUUUUAACAU